AUGGAUCAGUUGAAGGGGGAUUUGGCUGCUACAGCCAAUUUUCUCCAGUCCAUGACUGCACUCCCGAACUACGACAGUGUUAGAGAGGUGCAAGCAAAAGCCCUUUGCCAGCGAGUGAAGAACCUUGCCUCCGUGGAUGCAAAUGGAGCCUCAGCCCUGCUGGCUGCAUGGACUGCAGGAAAGCAAUGGACUUCUCAACAAACAAAGGAGUUCAGUGAUCUCUUGGCUGGAGCAGUCAGGGUGGCAAGAGAGCUACUCAGAAAGUUGAUGCUUUCUUACCUGUCCGUCAAAGAUAUCCAGGCUUUGGAAGCUGGUGACAACAUCCACGUGAAGUUGGAUGUCUUGGCAUGCCGGUGCAUCAAGCUGAGGCUCACCUGCCCAUCUGAGGCUUGCUGCAAAGCGAUCUUGGCAGCUGGCUUGGCCAGGGCAGGCGGUGAUGUGGGGGCGGUUGACAGCUAUGCCAACAAGCAGUUGUUCAAGAAAAUGCUGAAAAGCAAAGCCAAAGGCUUGCCCAAGAAUGGCUUUCACCUCGAGCAUUAUCCAGCAUCGCCAGACAAUCUGCCCCCUGAGCUCGCCGAUGCAUACUCUCAAGAGGAUCCUGCAUGCACUGUGCAGAUGCAAUCUCCCGACAGGGUGCAGGCAGCAUCAUCUGCAAUCGUGUUGAGAGGGAGCUCGAAGAAGCUUCGUGGUGGAAACAUGAUGGGUGCCGGUGGCAUGCAGAGCUUGCCUGCAGUGUGUGCAAGUGGCAACAACAACCCCAUGAACAUGCAAUUCAACAUGGGCCUGCAAGGAAUGCAGCCCGGGAUGACGAUGAUGGGUAUGAUGAACACCAUGAACAACAUGAUGCAGAGGCUCAUGCAGGACCAGAAUAAGCAGCAGCAGGACCCGAUCCCGAACAUGCAGUACUUCGCACCCGGUGGAGGUCAAGCGGGGGCAACCACCAUGGGCCAGGGGCCUGCAGCAGGAACCCAGGCACCUGCAGCAGCAACCCAGCAGGCACCCGCAGGGGCAUCUGCAUCGGUCCAGCAAACAGCAGGCGGCAACGAAUGCAUCAGCUGGUGUCUCGCCGGCAGUGCAGUUGGAGAUGAGUGA